AUGACAAAAAAUGUAUUUGAAGAUGAUGUGUAUAAUGAGGAAUAUGCGAAUUAUGAGGAAGAAAUUGCAGUUAAAGGUACUAGGCCUCUUCAUGAAAUUUAUCAAAGGUGUAACAACGUUAUGAUUGAACCGUCUUCUUUUUUUGAAGCAAGUAAGCAUGAAGGGUGGCAAAAGGCAAUACAGGAAGAGAUUUUAAUGAUUGAGAAGAACAAAACUUGGGAGCUAGUAGAUGCACCUGAAAGAAAGAAAAUUAUUGGAGUGAAAUGGGUUUACAGAGUAAAAAUAAAUCCAAAUGGUUCUGUCAAACAAUUGAAAGCACGUUUAGUUAUGAAAGGGUAUUCUCAGAUGGCCAAUAUUGACUAUACUGAAACUUUUGCUCCAGUUGCAAGAUUGGAUACAAAAAGACUUCCCAUUGCACUUGCUGCUCAAAGGCAAUGGGAAAUUUCACAUUUGGAUGUCAAGUCAACCUUUCUAAAUGGUUGGCUGGAAGAAGAAAUCUAUGUAGCUCAACCUGAAGGGUUUGUAAUUGAAGGAAAAGAAAGAAAAGUGUACAGGAGGAAUCCUAAUGAUGCAACCUUAUAUGUAAGACAGACUAAAGGAGGAACGGUGUUAAUUUCUCUUUAUGUGGAUGAUCUUUUAAUUACAAGUAGUAAUCCAAAAGAUAUUGAAGAAUUUAAGAUGAGUAUUAUGAAGGAAUUUGAGAUGACUGACUUGGGAAAAAUAAAGUAUUUUCUAGGCUUGGAAGUGAGUCAAGAAAUGGAUGGUAUUUUCAUAUGCCAAAGUAAAUAUACUCAAGAGAUUCUGAAGAAGUUUUUUAUGGAAAAUUGUAAGCCUACAGCAACUCCUUUAGUGUUGAAUGCAAAGCUGAGGAAGAAUGAUGGAAACAAGAGGGCUGAUGAGACAAAGUUUCGAAGUCUAGUGGGAAGCUUGAUGUAUUUAACGACAACAAGGCCAGAUUUGAUGUACUCUACUAGUCUAUUGUCUAGAUUUAUGCAAGAACCUAGUGAGAAACAUUUCUCAGCAGGAAAACGGGUUUUACGGUAUCUAAAAGGAACUAAAGACCAAGGAAUUUGGUUCAAACGAGUUGAUGAGGAGAAGCUGAGAGGAUAUGUAGAUAGUGAUUGGGCUGGAAGUGUAGAUGAUAUGAAGAGUAUAACAGGUUACUACUUUACACUUGGCUUGGGAAUUUUCUAUUGGUGUUCGAGGAAACAAGAGAUCGUGGCUCAAAGCACAGCUGAAGCUGAAUAA